AUGUCAAUUGGGGAAGCAUUUGACGGCCCGCUGGAUUUCUCUGAGAAUAUUACGUAUCGCAAGCCAAGAAUUGUCGGCUACCCCUUGGACGAUGCCAAUCUUGAAACCCGAUGUCCUCUCAACAAUAAACGACACUAUACUAAUAAUACUCAACUGCAGCAUUCUGUGGGCAAACUCGAUGUGCUCCCGCUCGAAAUUAUCCCCCACAUACUCAUUGUACCUGAUCUGCCGACACUCACUACCUUUCGGCGCGUAAACCAUCGUGCAAUGAGCCUCGUCGAUUCCCUGCAUCAAUACGGAAUGGUGUUCAAACAUUGGCCAAACGUGCUUCGUUCUAUCAUUAACAUCCGCGCAGACUACUUUGACUGCAAGACCCUUUACCAGACACUCUCUUCUAGCAAGUGUAAAACCCGCGAUCGCUUUGGUGGCUAUCUCUACCUCGUCACCUGCAAACAUCUAGGUAUAUGGUUACCUAGUCAUGUUGGUUGCUCAAGAAGGGAACUUAAGCAUCCGCCCUAUAUUGUCAGCCUACCUGGACGAAUUAUGCUCUUUGAUCGGCAAGUUACCGCACAACGAGAGAGCCUUGGCAAUUCAUGUAUCAUUUCAGCACCCAACCUCGGCGCAUCAGGUCAGUCAGUUGAUUGGGGCGUCCAUUGCGCUGGCUGCGAAGACAACACUCAGCCUACGACGCAUCUCAGAAAGUAG